AUGACCUCAACCAUUCAAUCAAUUGAGUCUCCUUCUCAUUUGAUCUCUACUGAAUUAAAUGUUAAUGGUAAUCCCAAAACUUCUAAUGUUACUUUGGCUGAACAAAUUACUUAUUUAGAGAAAGAUUUUGUUUUAGUUGUCAAGAGUGAAGAUCUUGAUAAGCCAAGGGCAUUUCUUGAAUAUAACCCUAAAACAGAAUCUAAUUGUUUAAUGUUGACAUUAGUUCCAAAAUUUUCUUUAAAUCCAAUUCAAACAGAAAUAGUUUUUAUAAUUGAUAGAUCAGGAUCAAUGCAAGGUGAACCAAUUAAAAAAGCAGGCCAAGCAUUAGAACUAUUUCUACAUUCAUUGCCAGAAGAUUGUUACUUUAAUGUGGUAUCAUUUGGUAGUAGUCAUGAUUCACUAUUUCCAAAAUCUCAAGAAUACUCCCAAGAAACAUUGGAUAGAGCCAUCAACUUGGCAAAAAAUUUAGAUGCAAGAUAUGGUGGAACAGAAAUUUACAACCCUAUAAAAUGGGCACUUGAUAAUCAAUUGAAAACUAUGACCACCACUUUAUUUUUAUUGACAGAUGGUAAAGUUUGGGGAGUUGAUAAAAUCAUUGAAUUGAUUAAUCAAAAUGUUGAAGAUAAAAACAAUGAUUUAAGAAUUUUUACAUUGGGUAUUGGUGAUAGUGUUUCACAUCAUUUAGUGGAGUCAGUUGCUAGAUCUGGUAAUGGGUAUGCAGAAUUUGUUACUAAUAAAGAAAGAAUGGACAAGAAAAUUUUGGGAAUGUUGAAAAAUGCUGUUAAACCACCCAUCAAUGAUUAUAGAAUCAAAUGGACAACAAGUUAUGACAAACAAGAUGAAGAUGAAAAUAAACUCUUUAAUUAUUUGUUUGAAGAAAAAGAGGAAAAGAAAGAUAAACCUGUAAUUAGUUUUUAUAGUAAUGAACAACCAACAUCCAUAACAACAAAAAAACCAGAAAAACCUAAAAAAGAUAUUGAAAAAUUAUUGGAUCAUGUUAAAUUACAACAAGCACCUUAUAAAAUACCAGAAAUUUAUCCAGGUGUUAGGUUUACAGUUUAUUGUAUUUUAUCAAAAGGUGUUCAACCAUCAAAUGAAAUUAUCUUGACUGCUAAAUCUUCAGAUGGGCCAAUGAAACUUAAUAUACCAAUAGAUCAUGUAACCUUGACUGGAUCAAAAAUUCAUACACUGGCUUCCAGAAAACUUAUACAAGAUUUGGAAGAAAACAGAUCAUUCAUUAAUCAGCACCCUAAAUCUAAAGAUAAAACUAUUCCUGAUUAUAUAUUUAAAGAUUAUAUUGUUAACUUGGGAAUAAAAUAUAAUCUAAUCUCAAAAUAUACAAGGUAUAAGCAAGCAACAAAUAAUAAUGAUGAUUUUUUUCUUAAGCCACCAGAAGUUAGGCAUGUUCCAAAUAAAGCAUCAUCACAGAUGUCUGAAUAUUAUAGUCUUGGAUGCAAUACUAAUACCAAUAAUAAUCGUCUCCGUAACAUAAGACAGUAUGCUGUCAGCAAUGAUUCUCUUUCUUUUGCAGCAUCAUCCAAUAUAAGUGCCAAUCGUUAUGUAACAGCAUCAUCCAGUAUAGAUACUAGUACAUCAUCACAUAAAUCAUUUGCAUGUAAUAAUAGUCAAAUUCUCUGCAAUGAUAGCAAUGAUAGCCCCAUUAUUCGUAACUGGAGUAAUAGCUACAUUAGUAAUAAUCACUCUAAUAAUAACAAUAAUAACAAUAAUAACAAUUCCAAUAAAGUCUAUUUUCUCAAAUCAUCUUUUAAUAGUGUUAAUAAUGUUCGAAAAGAAAAAAUGAAAGAGAUGACCAAGGGAGAAAUAAAUGAACAUAAAAAACCCAAAAUUGAAACACUAUUAACAUUUUUGUCACUUCAAUCAUUUGAUGCCAAGGAGAAACCAAAAAUUACAACUAAAGAGAAAUUAAAUUUUAUAUUGCUAUUUAUUGGUCUUUCAUUUGGAAUUUUUUUGGCUGCAUUGGAUCAAACUAUUAUUGUAACAACUUUGCCCGCCAUUGGUAAAGAAUUUCGAAAAUUUGAUCAAAUAACAUGGAUAGGCACGGCCUACCUACUAACUGCGACAGCUUCUCAACCAACUUAUGCAAAGCUUACGGAUAUUUUUGGACGGAAAGGUCCAUUUUUGUCUGCAGUUAUAAUCUUCGUAAUUGGAAGCGUUGUAUGUGGUGCAGCCCCCAAUAUUAAUGCAUUAAUCGUAGGUCGUGCUAUUGCAGGUUUAGGUGGUGGUGGUAUUUUGGGAUUGGUGCUAGUAAUAGUUGCAGAGAUGGUUCCAACAGAACAACGUGGCAAAUAUCAGGGAAUUAUUGGUGGUUUCUUUGCUAUUUCAUCUGCUAUAGGUCCUAUUUUAGGUGGAAUAUUUGUAGAUUAUGUAACUUGGAGCGCAAUUACUUUAAUAACAGUAAUUUUUUUUUUUCAUCCACCAAAUAAUAAUAAGAAACAAGAAUCAUUAAUAGAAAAAUUAAAACGAGUUGAUUGGUGGGGAACUUUAGUUUUAACAACCUCAAUAUUUUUAAUAUUAUUAGCAUUUAAUUGGGGUGGUGCUAAAUAUGAAUGGUAUCAUCCUGCAAUAAUUGUAUUAUUGUCUCUAUUAUUUAAGAAACGUUCAAGUGUCGCAUCUUUUGCUGUUACAUUUUUUCAAGGAAUGUCAUUCUUUACUUUGGUAUAUUUUGUGCCAUUAUAUUUUCAAUUAGUUAAAGGAUCAUCAGCAACCAUAUCCGGGGUAGAAUUAUUACCAUAUAUACUAGCAACAGUUUUUGCCACAAUAUUCGCCGGUAUAUUGAUUACUCUCUUAAAGAAAACAUCAUAUUGUACACAUUUGUGUAUACUAGGGUCAGUAUUAAUAACAAUCGGUACAGGACUGAUUAGUACAUUUACAGAAAAUAGCACAAGAGGUGAAUUGACUGGCUACUUGAUAAUAGCUGGUAUUGGAGCUGGUCUGAUUAUGCCAACUACCAUUUCAUUUGUACAGAUUAUCGUUCCAAAAGAGCACAUUGCAGCUGCUUCUUGCUUAAUUUCUUUGUUUAGAACAAUUGGUGGAGUUUUUGGCAUAGCAAUAGUAGGUGUAAUACUUAAUAACGAUAUAAACAAUCAUAUGAAUGACCUUGUGGGUGCACUUUUUACUCCAUCACCCCUUGAAAAGUCUCAACAAUUAACACCAUUUCUCAAGGAUGCAUUGUCUAGUUUUAAUGAUAUUGACAUUGAUAAUUUACCACCAGCAGUUAAAAUUACAUUCAUGCGUAUAUUUGUGAUUUCAUUCCAAACUGCUUUUAAAGUUGAUAAUCAAAAUCAUAUUACUGCAUCGUUAUCAUGUUUGUGGAUUCGUUCUUGA